AUGCCUCAAUUGGAUGUGGACAAGACGAUUGAAGAACUUCGUCUCGGAGAGAAGAUCGAUCUUGUGUCAGGGAUCGACUUCUGGCAUACUGCAUCUGUCCCCAGGCUUAACAUUCCCAGCCUGCGCAUGUCCGAUGGCCCCAAUGGAGUCCGCGGAACGCGGUUUUUUAACGGUGUGCCAGCAGCAUGUUUCCCCUGCGCUACUGCCCUGGGAGCAACCUGGGACACUGAAUUACUGCACAAGGUAGGGCAUUUGAUGGGGGAAGAGGCCAUUGCCAAGGGCGCGCACGUCAUAUUGGGUCCCACAAUCAAUACGCAACGAUCGCCGCUGGGCGGCCGAGGGUUCGAGUCUUUCGCCGAAGAUGGUGUUCUUGCCGGCCACUUGGCUGGCUACUGUUCCAAGGGAAUCCAGGAAAAGGGCGUUGCCGCGUGCCUGAAGCACUUUGUGUGCAAUGACCAGGAGCAUGAGCGUUUGGCGGUCGAUUCGAUUGUUACCGACCGGGCUACACGCGAGAUAUACCUCUUGCCGUUCCAGAUUGCGAUGAGGAUUUGCAAAACGGCCACAGUUAUGACGGCUUAUAACAAGAUUAACGGUACCCAUGUGAGUGAGAAUAAGAAGUACAUCACAGACAUUUUGCGCAAGGAGUGGGGAUGGGACGGACUAGUUAUGAGUGACUGUACGUCAGAAUCAAUAAUUGCCGGUCUCGACAUAGAGAUGCCAGGUAAGACACGCUGGCGGGGAGACGCCCUGGCACACGCCGUAUCAUCCAACAAAGUCCACGAGUUUGUCCUGGAUGAACGUGUACGCAACGUUCUGAACCUUGUAAAUUACGUUGAGCCACUGGGUAUCCCCGAAAACGCAGAGGAAAAGGUUCUUAACCGCCCCGAAGACCAAGCCCUACUCCGACGGGCUGCGGCCGAGUCUAUCGUGCUCUUGAAGAACGAGGAUAACAUCCUACCUUUCAACAAGGAGAAGUCCAUCGCCGUGAUCGGACCAAACGCCAAGAUCGCCGCUUACUGUGGAGGUGGCUCUGCAUCCUUGGAUGCGUACUACACAAUCACACCCUUCGAAGGCGUAUCAGCACAGAGCAAGGGUGAGGUUCACUUCGCCCAAGGUUCAUACUCAUACAAGGACCUUCCGUUGAUCGGCCACCUCCUGAAGACCGACGACGGCAAAACGGGCUUCAAGUUCCGCGUUUACGACGAGCCCGCAUCCAGUAGCAACCGCGAACUCCUCCACGAGCUACACCUUGUCUCAUCCCAGGGCUUCCUCAUGGACUAUCGCCACCCUAAGAUCAAGUCUUACCUUUACUACGUCGACAUGGAGGGCUAUUUCACUCCCGAAGAGUCCGGUGUCUACGACUUCGGCGUUGUUGUCGUCGGAACGGGGAAACUCCUCGUGGAUGAUGAAGUCGUCGUUGAUAACACCAAGAACCAGCGUCUCGGCUCUGCCUUCUUUGGAAACGGCACCGUUGAAGAAAAGGGCUCCAAGGAACUCAUGGCUGGCCAGAAAUACAAAAUUACCUUCCAGUUCGGGACAGCACCCACCUCGGACAUCGACACCCGCGGGGUGGUCAUCUUCGGGCCUGGAGGCUUCCGCUUCGGCGCUGCCCGGCGCCAGACGCAGGAAGAGCUCAUUUCCAAAGCUGUCGAAGUCGCCUCAAAAGCAGACCAGGUUGUCGUCUUCGCUGGUCUAACAAGCGAAUGGGAAACAGAAGGGUACGAUCGUCCGGACAUGGAUCUUCCCCCGGGUUCAGACGAACUGAUUUCCAAAAUCCUGGAGGUGAAACCCAACGCCGCCAUCGUCAUCCAGAGCGGUACGCCCGUGACAAUGCCCUGGGCGCCCAAAGCCAAGGCUCUUCUGCAGGCUUGGUUCGGGGGCAAUGAGUGUGGUAACGGCAUCGCAGAUGUGCUUUAUGGAAACGUCAACCCCUCUGGAAAGCUGCCUUUGACCUUCCCCGUCCGUUUGCAAGACAACCCUAGUUACCUGAACUUCCGCUCAGAGCGAGGCCGCGUCCUCUACGGCGAAGACAUCUAUGUUGGGUACCGGUACUACGAGAAAGCCCAACUCCCGCCGUUAUUCCCCUUCGGCCAUGGCCUGUCCUACACGACUUUCACACGCGAGAAACUGGAGUUGAACACUUCUCCUGAAAAAGACAAACUGCAAGACGGAGAACCCAUAACCGCCAGGGUGACCGUCACAAACACGGGCAAAGUCGCCGGCGCCGAAACAGUGCAGCUGUGGGUUGUGCCGCCCCCGACAGAGGUGAACAGACCUGUCCGCGAACUAAAGGGUUUUGCGAAGGUGCACCUGGAACCUGGAGAGUCAAAAGAUGUCGAGAUUGUGGUUGAAAAGAAGCUGGCGACGAGCUGGUGGGAUGAGAAACGGGAAGCCUGGGCAUCAGAGAAAGGAGUUUAUUGGGUGCAAGUUACGGGGACGGGAGAGGGGGUUCUCACUGCAGAGUUUGAGGUUAAGAAGACGAGGUUCUGGACCGGAUUGUGA